AUGUACCUGGGUGAGAUGGCGCCUAAGAACCUGCGAGGCUUCCUGGGUCUUGUGCCGAGUAUCUUUAUUGGAACCGGAGUCUUCGCUGCCCAAAUCCUGGGCCUACAUGAGCUUUUGGGAAAGGAGGAACACUGGCCCCUCUUUCUUUCAGUGGUGGUGGUGCCCACCUUCAUCCAGUUGAUGCUGUUACCAUGGUUCCCGGAAAGCCCCAGGUACCUGCUGAUGGAGAAGCACAACGUCCAUGCCACCAUCACAGCCCUGAAGUGGUACAGAGCCAAGUGCAACAUCCAGGCCGAGAUCGAGGAGAUGCAGGAGGAGCAGCGCUCCCUGUCGUCAGUGGAGACGCUGUCGGUGUGGAAACUGUUACUGGAUGACACAGUCCGCUGGCAGGUGCUUAGUGUGAUGGUCAUCAACAUCGGCAUGCAGCUGUCCGGCAUCGAUGCUAUCUGGUUCUAUACCAAUGACAUCUUUGACAAUGCGGGUAUCCCAGCACCAGAGAUCCCGUACACCACAGCAGGAACAGGAAUUAUAGAGAUCAUCGCUGGACUCAUUGGGAUACAUUAA